AUGGCCAAGAUCUACUUGGAAGCUGGUCGAGUUGUGGAGGAUGUGAUGUCAGGGCAAUCUGGCUUGAAGGCUGCCCUCUAUGCGAACCCUCUUUCGGCGGAUCCUCGUGCAGUCUGCAAGCUGGCCUCAUGCACGUUGUCGAACAAGGCAGCGUUAGCCGAAGCUCUUGAGCAAGUGGGACUGCUGGAACAACACUCGCGUGGCGUGAUGCUUGUCAUGGCCUUUGAGCUCCUCCUUGGGCAUGGGUUGCGAGGAGGAGGGAGGCUGCGCCGUCAAUUGGAAGAGCAACGAAGUGCAUUGCAAGCAGCCUUCCAGAAGUCGACUUGUUUGGAAGUAGGCUCAGAGGCCAAAGAAGCCUUUGCAAGUUUGCCGCGCUACGUGCGAAUUAACCGCCUGCAGGUCACGCAGAAGAGAGAUGUUGAUGCCCUGAAGGAGCGGCUGAAGAAAGCGCUAUUUGCAGCAUACCAGGCCGAUUUGGAUGCUGGGCGAGCAGUAAGUCCAGAAAUGGCGUCUGUUGAGGAUGAUGCGCUUGUCCCAGAGCUGCUGGUGCUGCAUCCUUUCUCGCGGAGUUGGUUGCAAAAAGUCCCCGAGGCAGGGACCGGGGCCUUGGUGCUGCAGGAUCGCUCGAGCUGCCUGUCUGCUUUGGCGGCAAAGUUGGUCCCCGGCGACUUCGUUGUCGAUACAUGCGCAGCUCCGGGGAGCAAGACGGCCCAUGCCAUCGAGUUGCUGGGAAACGGCCGCCUAGCAGCUUUUGAAAGAGAUUCAAAGAGAGCGGCGGCCCUGCUGAAACGUCUCAAUUUGCUGGUAGGCUUCAAAGCACAGAGGAAGAAAAAGAAGAUGAAUGAGUCCCAGUUGAAGCUCGGUUCGCGGAUUCAGGGGCGUUGCCUGGCUGGAAGCGGUACCAGCGAUGCUGGAGUGGAGGUCGACCUGCGUGUUGACGAUUUUCUUGAGACAAACCCUCUGCUUCGGCCGUGGAGCGACGUCGACGUUCUUAUCGUGGAUCCGAGUUGCUCGGGCUCUGGACUGCCUGAGCAUCACUUGGUAGAUGCCAUGGCAGAGAGUGGAAAAUCCGCAAGAGUAAAACGUCUGGCAGCCUUUCAGAAGCGUAUCCUCUCCCAUGCUCUACGCUUCCCCAGAGCAAGGACAGUUGUGUAUUCCACAUGCUCUACUCUGCGGCUGGAGAAUGAGGACGUGGUGGAAGAAGUGUUGCGCAACCACCCCAGUUUUCAGGUGGUGGAGGCCCUUUCCUGGUGGAGAAAUGCACCUGCGCAAGCGUCCUCAGACAAGCCGUUCCCAAGCUGGGCGAAGUAUUGCCUGCGGUCUGACCCAGUCACUCACAGAUGCCGGGGUUUUUUCUUGUGCCGCUUGGACCGAUGUAAGCCUGGCCCGGACAUGCGCGCAGCUGCUGAGCCAAACUCCAGGAAACGAAAGAGGCCAUGA